GUGCGCCGACUUAAGCAGCGCCCCCUUACAACAGAUCUUAUCCUGGCGGCAGGAUUAAGAAACAAAAGUGAAACAAGUGUCACACGAAAAUUCAAGUGCCCACAAACAAAGUGCUAAUCGACAAAAUUAAACCCACAGAAAGGGUCCAGAAAAAUUUCAUAAAGAAAGUGCUAGCCCUUGGCCAUUUUGCAGAGUUUUCUUUCUGGGCGGCGCUUUUCGGGGAAACUGUUUCGGUGUCGGAUAUUGAAGAACUCCCAAGGUUGCAGGCCAAAAAGCUGUUGUGACAUUUUUUUGGCAAAGUAAAACGCAAUGGCGCCAAAGACGCCGCCAUUUUCCCAGCUCGACAAAAUGGCGACAAGGACAUCCACAUCCACAUCCAAAUCCACGUCCACAUCCAGUUGGCUCUGCCGCCUGCUGCUAUUCGGCUUUUGCAUUGGCGCCGCCGCCGCUCGAGACAUUCCAACGCCGAUGGACCAGACAGACGUGGCCUUUUACUGUCCUGGAGAGGGCCUGUUUGCGGACGACUACGAUUGCCGGAUUUAUUACCGCUGCGAGCGGCGUUCGGGCCAAUACAUUCAACCCUACCUGCUGGCCUGUCCCGAGGAUGCGGUCUUCUCGCGCGCCCUGCGAAUGUGUCUGCCACCAGCGAUGGCUGGCCGGGAUGAGUGCGUGGACCAGGUGAACGAGGUGGACGGCGACGGCAUGGAGGGCAUGGAGAAGUGGGAGCAGGACGACUACGGACAGGAUGACCAUAAUGCGAUGCUUAACCUGGCCGUCACACCUGCGGCCAAUGAGCUGCGUACCUAUGCCUCCACCCAUCGGCUGCCCACGAAUUAUGGAAUGGCAGGUCUCAGCGGUGUCUCUGUCAUAUCCUUUUCCAGCUCAUCAUCCCUGCGAGCUGUUGGCUCGGCGGAGGAGGGAGUAAUAUGCCGGGAUGAUGGCUUCAUGACCGAUCCCAGCGACUGCACCGUGUUUUAUCGCUGCAUCUCGAAUGGCCGAGGCUACAACAAAAUCGGCUUCCGCUGCUCCGAUGGCACCGCGUGGGACGAGUCCCUGCAGUCCUGCAACCACAUGUUUGACGUACGUGCCAACGGCGGUUGUCGCAAUCAAGCGGCUCCCCAGAACGACGGUUAUUACGCCGGCCAAACGUCAACACAAUCGUCGCAGACCAGCUACCAGAACUCCACCUCAAGCAGCCAGCAGAGCUCCUCCACCAGUUCCAGUUCGAAUUCCUCCCAAAGCUCCAGUUCUACGUCCAGUUCGACAUCUAAUUCUAGCUCCAGCCAGGAGUCUUCCACAUCGAGCUCCUCGUCUAGCAAUAAUCAGGAAUCUAGCUCGGGGUCUAGCAACAAUCAGGAAUCUAGUUCGGAAUCUAGCAACAAUCAGGAGUCUAGCUCUGGUUCUAGCAACAAUCAGGAGUCUAGCUCAGGAUCUAGCAACAAUCAGGAGUCUAGCACAAGCUCCAGCAGCAAUCAGGGUUCAAGCUCCCAAAAUUCUGGCAGUUCUCAAUCCUCCAGCAGUAACCAGAACCAAAGCUCUGGCAACCAAUCUUCAAACAGUAAUAAUUCCGGCAGCAACCAAAGCUCCAGCAGCAAUCAAAGCUCAAGUAGCAACCAGAAUUCGGGCAGCAACCAAAGCUCUGGCAGCAAUCAAUCCUCCAACAAUAAUCAGAGCUCCAGCAACAACCAAUCCUCCAGUUCCAACAGCACACAGAGCUCCAAUAAACCAGCGCCAACCGAAUGCGAAGACGAAAAUACUUACAUUCCCGACAAAGAAGACUGUGCUAAAUUCUACAGAUGUCGCCAAGAUAAAGAUGGAAAAUUAGAGCAAGUGCCCUUCACCUGUGGUCCCGGCACCGUUUGGAACCAAGAAGACAAGGUCUGCGACCUCCCAACUGAAGAUCAAAAGAAGAAAUGCAACAUUCAAUCGAGUUCAUCCGGUGGCAGUAACAACUCUGGACAGCAAUCGAGUGGAAGCUCCUCCAGCAACAACAAUCAAUCUUCCAGCAAUCAAGGAUCUUCUAGCAAUCAAUCAUCAAGCAACCAGAGCUCAUCUAGCAAUCAAGGAUCAUCUAGCAAUCAAGGUUCCUCCAGCAAUCAGGGGUCGUCUAGCAAUCAAGGAUCGUCUAGCAAUCAAGGUUCUGCCAGCAAUCAAGGCUCAUCAAGCAAUCAAGGAUCGUCUAGCAAUCAAGGUUCUUCCAGCAACCAAGGUUCAUCCAGCAAUCAAGGAUCGUCUAGCAAUCAAGGUUCUUCCAGCAACCAAGGCUCAUCGAGUAACCAAUCAUCCAAUCAAAGCUCAUCCAGCAAUCAGUCUUCCAAUCAAAGCUCAUCUUCAUCGUCCACAUCCAACAAUCAAGGCUCAAGUUCCAACAACAGUUCAUCAAACAACAGCACUCAAUCAACGACUCCCAAACCCUCAAAUCCCGAUGGUGAUUGCCAAGAUACGGAAACAUAUUUGGCAGAUAAGAAAGACUGUGCCCGAUUCUAUCGUUGCGUAGAGAAUGGUAAUGGUGGCUUCACUACGGUUCCCUUCGAUUGUUCCCCGGGAACGGUCUGGGAUCCCGACACUAAGGGCUGCAACCAUCCCACGGAUGUGCAAAAGGAGCAAUGCAAGGCUAUGGCCAAUGGUAGUGGCAGCUCCAGCUCGUCUAAUCAAGGAUCUUCUUCCAACCAGGGUUCCUCUUCAAGCCAGGGAUCUUCUUCAAACCAAGGAUCUUCCUCCAACCAAGGAUCUUCCUCCAACCAGGGUUCCUCUUCAAACCAAGGAUCUUCCUCCAACCAAGGAUCUUCAUCUAAUCAGGGAUCCUCUUCAAACCAAGGAUCUUCUUCCAAUCAAGGAUCUUCCUCUAACCAAGGAUCUUCAUCUAAUCAGGGUUCCUCUUCAAACCAAGGAUCUUCGUCCAAUCAGGGUUCCUCAUCAAACCAAGGAUCUUCCUCCAACCAGGGAUCUUCCUCCAAUCAGGGCUCCUCUUCAAACCAAGGAUCUUCUUCUAAUCAGGGUUCUUCGUCCAACCAAGGAUCUUCCUCCAACCAGGGAUCUUCAUCCAACCAGGGAUCUUCCUCCAACCAGGGAUCUUCCUCCAAUCAGGGUUCCUCUUCAAACCAAGGAUCUUCCUCCAACCAAGGAUCUUCUUCCAAUCAGGGAUCUUCGUCCAACCAAGGAUCUUCCUCCAACCAGGGUUCCUCUUCAAACCAAGGAUCUUCCUCUAACCAAGGAUCUUCAUCUAAUCAGGGUUCCUCUUCAAACCAAGGAUCUUCGUCCAAUCAGGGUUCCUCAUCAAACCAAGGAUCUUCCUCCAACCAGGGAUCUUCCUCCAAUCAGGGUUCCUCAUCAAACCAAGGAUCUUCGUCCAACCAGGGAUCUUCCUCCAACCAGGGUUCCUCUUCAAACCAAGGAUCUUCCUCCAACCAGGGAUCUUCAUCCAACCAAGGAUCUUCGUCCAACCAGUCCUCCUCCAAUCAAACGUCAUCCUCUCAGCAAUCGUCGUCUUCUAACCAGACUUCAUCCUCAACUACCGAAGGAUCUUCAUCAACCACAACACAAAAACCCUUUAAACCCGCUGAGAAAUGUGAGAGUGAGGAAACUUUCCUCGCUGACAACGAAAACUGCUCCAAGUUCUAUCGCUGCGUGGAUAAUGGAAAGGGUGGAUUUACAAAAGUAUCAUUCACCUGUCCACCAAACACUCUGUGGGAUCCUGAGGCCAACAGCUGCAACCAUCCCGAUCAGAUUCAGACCAAGCCACUCAAGUGCAAAAAAGUGGUCAAUCAAGGCGGAUCUUCUUCUAGCAGCAGUAGUUCUUCUUCGAAUAGUUCAUCAAACAAUAAUGGCUCCUCCGCAAACAGUGGUUCCUCUUCGAACAGUGGCUCCUCCUCAAAUACUGGAUCAUCUUCAAACAGUGGUUCCUCUUCGAACAGUGGCUCCUCCUCAAAUACAGGAUCAUCUUCAAACAGUGGAUCAUCUUCCAACAGUGAAUCAUCUAAUCAAGGCUCCUCGUCUAACAGCGGCUCCUCUUCUGGUUCCAACUCUUCUGGAAAUGGAUCGACUUCAUCGUCAUCAUCAUCUUCAUCUUCUUCAAGCAACAACAAUAAUCAAGGUUCAUCCUCAUCUUCCUCCAGUUCAUCCUCCUCCAGCAGCAGCUCGACUUCUUCCAAACCAAAUCCUUCUGAAUCCUGCAAGGUCAAUGGACAAUUUGUUGCCGAUAAAACCGAUUGCUCCAAGUUCUAUCGCUGCGUGGAUAAUGAUAGAGGAGGCUUUAAUAUGGUGGCCUUCAGCUGCGGUCCUGGCACUGUUUGGGAUGCUCAACUUCAAGCCUGUAACCAUGCUUGGGCCGUAAAGGAAUGCGGUGGCAUUGCUCCGCCACCAACUUCUCCUCCUUCGACCACCGCCAGACCCACAACCACCUCGAGACCUUCAGGACCAUCUUCCACCUCCAGACCUUCAGGACCAUCUUCCACCUCAAGACCUUCUGGACCAUCUUCCACAUCCAGACCUUCAGGACCAUCUAGUACCUCUCGUCCUGUGACCACCCGACCAACUACUUCAUCUCCUUCCUCUCCAUCCACAUCACCUGUCACUCAGUCACCCAACAAUAAUGGCAAAUGUACCUCAGAGGGCUUUAUGGCUGAUCCCAGCAACUGCUCAAAGUUCUAUCGCUGUGUAAGGAACAACAAAGGUGGCUUCACCCCAAUUCCAUUCCAAUGCGGAGCUGGUACUGUUUGGGAUCAGGAUCUGCAGACCUGCAACCACAAUUUCAACAAUUGUAACACUGGCAUGAAUGAUUCUACUACACCGAAACCUCCCUGUGAACCAACAACCAAUGGAACAACAACCACUCAGACACCAACAACCUCCACACAACAACCUACCACAACUGAUUCAACCACUACAACAACUGAUUCCCCCACUACAACAACCGAUUUACCCACUACAACAACUGAUUCGCCCACUACAACAACUGCGCUACCUCCCACUACAACAACUGCGCUACCUCCCACUACAACAACUAGACCACCCACCACGACCACAGAAAUUCCAACCAGUACAACACCAAGUACUUCAACAAUCAGUUCAGAAUCUGACACCACAACGAUGAUACCAAAUUCAGACACCACCACGCAACCACCGUCGUCUACAACCACUAUGAAACCCCUGCCGGCUGGAACCGAGUGCACAGGAGAGGGCUACAUGGCCGAUCCCGAAGACUGCAGGAAGUACUACCGAUGCAUCAACGCUGGAGCAUCCUACAGAAAGUACAACUUCACGUGUCCCAAGGGCACAGGAUGGAACGAAGAUGUUCAGACCUGUGACUACAUGGAGAAUAUACCGAGAUGCUCAAACUUACCAACCGAACCACCGACCACUAAAUAUCCAGAGACAACGACACCAAUUGAAGAGUCCAAGGAUCCCGGAAGUACCACCCCACCAACAACAGAUGAGCCCACGACCGUUACAAAGCCCAAUACAAAACCAACCGAAGGACCAGUAACAGAGAAACCACAGAAACCCACUACUACCACCGAAUAUCCCGGAAAGCCAACCACCACAGAAGAACCUGCACCACAGAAACCCACUACUACUACCGAAUAUCCCGGCAAACCGACACAGGAACCUACCACCACAAAUAUUCCCGGCUACCCACCCACUACAACACCCGUUCAAGUUGAAACUACAACAUCUACGCCGGGCUAUAAGCCAACUACCACUGCAGAACCGAUUACGACAACCAUGGAACCUAUUACAACCACUACUGCCCCUCAACCACCCACUACCACCACCUCUCCGGUAACCACAACAACUACGGAAAGUACAGAAAGUACAGAAAGCACCACACCGGAAGGUCCUUCGACCACCGUUCAGCCGGACCCACAGCCGAACUACAACUGCACCGCCGAGGGAUUCUACCCCGAUCCCGAGGACUGCAGUCGCUAUUACCGCUGUGUAGAUGCGGCCAAGAAUGGCAAGUACCAGGUUUAUGCCUUCAAGUGCGGUAAUGGAACCGUCUGGGACACAUCCACCGAAACUUGCAACUAUGCCAGCCAGGUAUCGGGAAAUUGCACAUCUGGACAGACGACUGCCUCGCCAGGAACUACGGAAAGUCCUGAAACAACCACUUCUAAGGUUCCGGAAACCACUACAACUGGAGCUCCUGAAACAACUACCACCGGAGCCACCGAACCUACAACUUCUGGAAGCACAGAAACUCCUAGUCCCGGAACCACUACUACUGAAGCUCCAGAAACCACAACCACAACACAAAAGCCAGAGACCACCACAACCACUGAGCCAUCGACUGAAGCCCCAACCACCACUGAGAGUCCAACUCCCGGUACCAACACCUCCGCCCCUUGUCCCACAACCGGUCCUGGACAGAAUUUGUACGUCUGCCCCACCGGAUUCCGUCAGCAUCCCGAGAAGUGUGGCAUGUUCUACCAGUGCAGCGAAAGUUCCGAUAGCAACGAUCUGAACAUCGUGGUCUUCCAGUGUCCCAAUGGAACUGUCUACCAGGACAAGACCUGCAGUUGUGGCAAACCCCAGGAGGGUGACAAGUGCUCCAAGGGCAUGAAGAGGACCACAAACUUAUUCGAACAGGAAACAAAGCUUCAAAAUGUGGUACAAAUCAGCUCGACGGCCCCUCUCUGCCCGGAUGAGGGUCACUUCGCGCUCAACGAUGACCAGUGCGGCCAGCUGUUCGUCAAGUGCGGAUUCUCGGAGCUGACGGGACGCAUCGAGGGCCAGAUCCACCGCUGUCCGCAGGGAUUCGCCUACUGGAACGUGAGCCGUCGAUGCGAGCCCGCUCGCAAGCUGCUCAACUGCACCCCAACCACCUACAAUGUGGGCGGUAAUGUGCCGCUGGAGUGGCUCAACAUUGGCCAUAGACGCCGAAGCAUGCGCAUUUAAUUAGAUUUAGUCUAGAUUCUCUUAGUCGCCCCGCCAUUGUUUGUUUGCUGCGCCAGCCACUUGAUUUCGAUCUUGUUCAUUGGCUGGCACAGCAAACGAUCGAAAAGAAGAGUUAGCUUAGGACGUAGGGAAAUUACAGUAGGUUAAGUCCGGGUUUAACCCUCCAACAUCUUUAGGCUUAAA